AUGGCAAGAGAUCUGCUGUUCAUCCUCAGAUCUGGUGUUCAUCCUCGAGCUCGUGUCUGUGGCCGAGAUAAGCAAAGCUUUUACCAGAUUCGUGCGUCUAUGAAAAUUCCUCCAAGAAUUCCACACAAAUUAGAAGCUAGCUUGUUACAUGCAACUGCUGCAGAGCUUGCUUUUCCCGCUUCAAUUCAUGACAAUAUAGUUUGCAGUAAAACGUUUCAGAUUCUUUACAAAAAUGAGGAGGUUUCUGUGAACGACGUGAUGAUUUUCAAAAUAAAAAUGCUAUUAGAUGAGAGGAAGAUUGAGGAGUCUCUUAAUGAAAUGAAUUUUCUGCUAACAUUAGAUCUGCACUUCACGGAUACAGACUAUUCACCAGAUGACCUGAGCACACUACAGCCCAUUAGUAGCCGAACUUUAAAGUUGCACUUUAACUUACACCGAGGCCUUCAUCAUUACGUCAAUGUUAUGUUUGAUUACUUCCACCUUUCUGUCAUAUCGGUUAUCGUCCAUGCUUCUUUGGUCGCUCUGCAUCAGCCAUUGAUAAGUUUUCCUCGCCCAGUGAAGAAUACGUGGUUGAACAGGAAUGCACCAGCACAAAACAGGGACUCUGUGAUUCCUUCUCUUGAAAGCGUGGUCUUUGGCAAUAACUACACGAAACAGUUGUCAGCAGAUGGUUGCAGUUUUGUUGUUUCAGAGUCUUUCCUCAGCCAUGCCUAUAAUUUCCACUAUACGCUUUGUGCCAGUUUGCUUCUUGCUUUCAAAGGGUUACACAGUUACUUUCUUAUGAUAGCCAAGGAGCUCCCCUCUUCCCACCGAAUUGAACUGGCCAAGGCCAGCAUGCAGGUCCUUUAUGAACGCCUUCUCAGAAGAAAAUAUCCACGCACCCAGAGAGACGCCUACCUAGAAAACAUAGAUGUAGAAGUUCGUCUUACAGAAUUGUGUGAAGAAGUAAAGAAAAUGGAAAAUCCUGAUGAACUGGCAGAACUUAUAAAUAUGAAUCUUGCACAGCUUUGCUCACUUCUGAUGGCUCUCUGGGGGCAAUUUCUGGAGGUCAUCACCUUACAAGAGGAGGUCACAGCAUUGCUGGCACAAGAGCAUCACACAUUAAGAGUGCGUAGAUUUGCAGAAGCAUUCUUUUGUCUUGAGCAUCCUAGGCAAGCUGCCCUUGCCUAUCAAGAACUACAUGCUCAGAGUCAUCUGCAAAUGUGUGCAGCUAUCAAAAACACUUCCUUCUGCAGUUCUCUUCCACCCCUCCCUAUUGAAUGCAGUGAACUAGAUGGAGAUAUGAACUCCUUGCCUAUAAUCUUUGAAGAUCGAUAUUUAGAUUCAAUUACUGAAGAUCUGGAUGUACCCUGGUUGGUAGUUCAGAGUCUUCCAAAGUCAGAGUCCAAUAAACUGGAUAAAUUGGAAGCUGAAGAAGGUUUUGUAGCCGGUUUUACUAGCCCGGACUUGAAAAUAAGACCUGCAGGUGCCUCCAACCUUUGGCACUCAGAAAGUGAAAAGACAGUAACAAAAACUUUGAAAGGGAAAAAUGAAGAUGCAAAUAAAUCCAAAGUUAAGGUUACUAAGCUCAUGAAAACAAUGAAACCCGAAAACACGAAAAAAGUUGUGAAACAGAACUCUAAGGACUCAGUGGUCUUAGUAGGCUACAAAUGUUUGAAAAGUUCAGCACUGGAAGAUGCCUCUAGGAGCUCGGAAGGCAGGCCUUCAUACAAUGCUAACGAAGGGCUGGACCCUACGUUAUUAGGUGCAUUUCCUUGUGAUACGAAGACCUGCGCCAGGCAAAUAAGUCAAAGAGAACUUCCAUUUUUGCCAUCUGGAACUGAGGAAAAGACUGCCAAGAUUGAAGGUGUCCAACCAGGUCCAGGUAGCCCUGUGCACUGUGAAAAUGUGGCUGGUUUUGGUAGACUUAGUAUCUCCCAGACAGGUUCUGGAACUAUACAAGCAGAUAGUGCUCUGCAGCCCAGAGGUACACUUGAAAGUUGUCAUGGAGGUCAACCAGCUUCCUCGGGAGUCAGGACAAUUGAGGUCAAACCAAGUAAUAAGAAUCCCUAUGAAGGGGAGAAAGUGACUGUUCACAUUGGAUCGUGGGCUGAGUUUCCGCAAGAUGGAGUGCAAGGAGAGAAUUUGCAGAUACCCAGUAUUCAGUCUUCGGAAUCUGGAAAUAAACUGAAUUCAGGAGAACAGGAACCAGUGCUUGAAAAGGAAGAUGUCCUUGAAAGAAGCUUGCAACAUACUGCUGACAUCCUGACAAAAAUGAAAAGUAACCAGCCUACUCCUUCCACGAAAGAAAGUCAACUUUCUGCAAGUGGAGACGUGACUAAAUUACCAGAUGUUAGCAUGACAUAUGCCUCUUCUAGGUUUUCAGAUUCAGGUGUAGAAAGUGAACCGAGUUCUUUUGCAACUCACCCCAUCCCUGAUCAGGUUUUUGAAAAUGUUCAAGGGCAAAAUACAUACAAUGGUGAGAGAGCAUUUCCUCAGCUUUUACUAAAACCGGACUGUGCUGUAAAAAACGCAAUAGAGAGCCAUUGCACUGAGAGUACCAGCGCUGUAAGUGAAAUACAGUCAUCCCUGACAUCUAUAAAUUCUCUCCCUUCAGAUGAUGAUGAGCUGUCACCUGAUGAGAAUUCAAAGAUAUCUAUUGUACCUGAAAGCCAGUUAACUGACAGUAAAACGGUGCUGGAUCUUGGAGCAAUUGACUUGCCAAAAUGCGAUGACAGUCAAAAAUCAAACACCAAUUUUCCGCAACAGUGUGUUGUAUUUUCAGAGCACUUGGAUAACAAAACUCUGUCUAUACAUUCCUCGCUCUCAGGAACAAAAGAUCUUUUACACUUAGUUGUUUCAGAUGAGGAUACGUCCGCUGAUGUGAAAAGUUGCAGCACACAGGCAGAUGUUGGCACAACCUGCAAGGGCUCUCAGGACCACAAAGGGCGUCUUAACACUAGAAAAGAAACAGUUAAAUUACGUUUAGAAAUUGCUUGCAUGAGUGAACCAUCUGUUGCGUCAGAUUCUUCAUCUGUAAAUGUGGUGUGUGGGGUCGAAAAAACAAAUGAAGGAAAAUAUAACAAGCCUUUAGAACUGAAGGAGCCACCUGAAGAACUACCGGUAGCUAAAAGUGAAGCUGGUACAGAUAAUCCUUCUCCAACCAGUAGUACUGACUUGGUAAAGCAAGGGCUUGUUGAAAACUAUUUUGGCUCUCGAAGCAGCACCGAUAUUUCAGAUAUUUGGCCUAUGGACAACAGCAAUCCUGUUAGCCCUCAAAAGGAGACAUACGAGAAAGAACUUAUUUGUUCUUCCCAACAAGACGAGGAAGAGGAGGAUGAUCAAGAAAUGAUUGAAAACGGGUAUUAUGAAGAAACGGACUAUAGUAUAUUAGAUGGAGCUUCCAGUGCUGAUCAGGAUCACGGCUCAGCGGAAGAGAGAACCCUGAGAUCUGAAAGGAUUGAUAGUGGGCAUCUGCGAGAUGGAAUGACCGUGCCUCCUGUCUGUACUCCUGGUUGUCUGUCUUUUCCCUCUUCUCUGAUAGACUCUCCUUGCAGUGUUAUCUGCUCUUCAAGGAAUAAAUCUGAUGCAAUUACACAACAGCCAGGCAGCACAUCCUACAGCUCAGCUUCAUCUGUUUCCUGGUAUGAAAGCUCCCCAAAACCUCAAAUGUUAGCUUUCCUACAGGCUAAAGAAGAACUGAAGCAACUUAAACUUCCUGGUUUUAUGUAUAGUGAUGUUUUCAAACUGGCUUCUUCAAUACCUUAUUUCAGUAUGGAAGAGGAUGACUGUUCAGAAGAAGGAAUACAUCUCAUAGUCUGCGUCCAUGGCCUGGAUGGUAACAGCGCAGAUCUAAGAUUAGUGAAGACGUACAUUGAGCUAGGCCUGCCUGGAGGGAGAAUAGAUUUUCUUAUGUCCGAAAGGAAUCAGAAUGAUACCUUUGCUGAUUUUGAUUCCAUGACAGAUCGCCUUUUAGAUGAAAUUAUACAGUAUAUACAAAUUUAUAAUCUAACCCUUUCAAAAAUCAGCUUUAUUGGACACUCGCUGGGUAAUUUAAUAAUCCGUUCAGUGCUCACAAGACCUCGAUUUAAAUAUUACCUCAACAAACUUCAUACCUUCCUGUCUCUGUCUGGACCACAUCUUGGUACUCUCUACAACAGCAGCGCGCUUGUUAAUACAGGACUGUGGUUUAUGCAGAAGUGGAAGAAGUCUGGUUCUUUAUUGCAGUUGACAUGUCGAGACCAUUCAGAUCCACGACAAACAUUCUUAUACAAACUCAGUAAAAAAGCAGGUCUUCAUUACUUCAGAAACAUCGUCUUAGUAGGAUCUCUGCAGGAUCGUUACGUUCCUUAUCACUCUGCUCGCAUUGAGAUGUGUAAAACAGCUUUAAAGGAUAAACAAUCAGGACCAAUUUAUGCCGAAAUGAUCCAGAACCUGCUUCUACCAGUUCUUCAAAAUAAGGAAUGUAAUUUGGUUCGUUAUAAUGUAAUUAAUGCAUUACCCAAUACAGCAGAUUCUCUCAUAGGGAGAGCUGCACACAUCGCUGUUCUUGAUUCAGAAAUAUUUUUAGAAAAAUUCUUUCUUGUUGCUGCCCUAAAAUAUUUUCAGUAGAGAGAAGCAUUGUAAGAAACUUGGUUGUUACCUCAUUAACAGAUGAAUUAAAUAAUACGUGGUAUUAAAGUAUAGCUGCAGCUGUAUUUUAAGAGAUAUUUAUACUUUUUAUAUGGAAGAUAAUUUAUAUCAUCCACACUUAGGGCUUUUUAACAUCAACUUUACUUUCUAGGUAAUGUGGCUGUGCAAUAUUUUUUUAUUUUGUUCUUUUUACUUUUCUAUUUUUCUUAAUUUUGGGUACCUAAUUAUUUGAGAUUAAAGCACAGUGCGUACUUUUGGUUUAUUAUUGGCUCUUAGAUUACAGAAGUCAAUGUUACUUGGCGACAUUUUACAAGAGGCUUUAGAUGCCAAAAUAAAUUAAAUUUUAAAAUUCUAA